AUGAAGUCACUCCAUGCUCUAUUCAAACCGACUUCCUCUCCCGCCAAAACAGCAACCUCUACCUCCACCUCCGCCUCCCCCACCGCUUCAAAAACAAGAAAACCCACCACCACUUCCUCCUCCUCCUCCUCCUCCAUUGCACCACCACCUUCUCAAAACCCGCCAGAAACCACCAAAACCAUCUCCACAAGACCGACCAGCUCACUUUCUGCUCUCUUUAUUCCACCAACUCCACCAACAGAAACCCACAUCAUCUCGCUAAUUCACGCCUCCAAAACCACUCUCCAACUCUCCCAAAUCCACACCCAAAUCAUCAUCCACAACCUCUCUUCAAGCAGCCUAAUUACUACCCAACUAAUCUCUUCGUCUUCUUUGCGCAAGUCCAUUGACUACUCGCUGGCAGUCUUUAACCACCAUAAACUCAAGAAUUUGUUUACAUUCAAUGCAUUGAUUCGUGGGCUCGCCAAAAAUUCUCAUUUUUUCAAUGCCAUUUUUCAUUUUAGGCUGAUGUUAAGGUCAGGCAUUAAGCCUGACCAGCUUACAUAUCCGUUUGUGCUAAAAUCUAGCACGGGUUUGUUUUUAAAAGAGCUUGGCAUGGUUAUUCAUUGUAUGGUUUUGAGGUGUGGGAUUGAAUUUGACUUAUUUGUAAGAGUUUCCUUGGUUGACAUGUAUGUAAAAGUUGAGAAAUUGGGGUCGGCUUUCAAGGUGUUUGAUGAAAGUCCUGAGAGAUUUUAUAGCGGGAGUAGUGCGUUGUUGUGGAAUGUGUUGAUUAAUGGCUGUUGCAAGGCUGGGAAUAUGAAGAAGGCCAUGAAGCUUUUUAAGGCUAUGCCGAAGAAGGAGAAUGUGUCUUGGAGUACUUUGAUUGAUGGGUUUGUGAAAAAUGGGGAAUUGGAUCGAGCUAUGAAGCUUUUUGAUCAAAUGCCAGAGAAGAAUGUGAUUUCUUGGACCACAAUGGUUAAUGGGUUUUCGCGGAAUGGAGACUAUGAGAAGGCGCUGUUAAUGUUUUCUAAAAUGUUAGAGGGAGAGAGGCCAAACGUUUUCACCACAGUUUCCGCUCUUUCUGCUUGUGCAAAGAUUGGUGCCCUUGAUGCUGGAUUACGCAUACAUAAAUAUGUCAAGGAUAAAGGUUUCCAGUUGACUGAAGGACUUGGGACUGCCUUGGUGGAUAUGUAUGCCAAAUGUGGGAAUAUUGAGUCUGCAAGUGAGGUGUUUGGAGAGACAAAACAGAAGAGUAUUCGUACUUGGACUGUUAUGAUAUGGGGUUGGGCAAUCCAUGGACUUUCUGAGCAAGCAAUUACAUGCUUUAAACAAAUGAUGGUUGCAGGUAUAAAACCAGAUGAGGUUGUAUUUCUUGCCAUAUUAACUGCUUGCAUGCAUUCUGGUCAAGUAGAUAUGGCACUUAACUUCUUCCACAGCAUGAGGUUUGAUUACUGCAUUGAACCCUCUAUGAAACACUAUACAUUGAUUGUUGAUAUGCUAGGCAGGGCUGGUCGGCUUAAAGAAGCCCUCAGAUUCAUUGAUCGCAUGCCAAUGGAUCCUGAUUUUAUGGUAUGGGGAGCACUCUUUUGUGCUUGUAGGGUUCACAAGGAAACCAAAAUGGCAAAAUUAGCCUCAAAGAAGCUCCUGGAGCUUGAACCCACACAUACUGAGAACUACGUCUUCUUGUCAAAUGCUUAUGCUGCAGUAGGCCGAUGGAAAGAUGUGGAGAGAGUGAGAGUUCUGAUGCAGAAUAGAGGUGUUCACAAAGAUUGUGGGUGGAGUUACAUUGAGGUGGAGGGUCAAGUGCAUCGUUUUGUAUCUGGUGAUCAUGAUCACAAGGAUGCAAAAGCAAUAAACCUGAAAUUAGAAGAAAUAGUGGCAGGUACAGUGAAACAAGGAUACAUGCCUGGAAGUGAGCGGGUACUCCAUAAUAUAGAACUAGAGGAGAAGGAAGAUGUGUUGGGAAUUCAUAGUGAGAAGUUAGCUCUUUCCUUUGCGCUCAUCUGUACUUCUCCUGGCAUGACUAUUAGGAUUGUGAAAAAUCUUCAAGUUUGUGGGGAUUGCCAUUCUUUGAUGAAAUAUGCUAGUAAGAUGAUUCAAAGGGAGAUCAUACUGAGGGAUAUGAAGCGAGUUCAUCAUUUCAUGGAUGGAUCUUGUUCAUGUGGUGAUCACUGGACCAUAGACCAUAUGAACUCAUCAACAUCAUACCUCUAUGGCAUAGUGUCAUAUCUAUGGCACUGCCAGAAAUCUGAGCUUCGUUGGUGGAACAGUUCCCAACCUGAUAUGGUUAAACUGAUUCUAGAUGGUAUCUCAAUGGAGAAUCUGGGUUGCUCUAUUACUGGAGGAUUGCCUUGGGAGUUGGGACAUCUUUGGUCGGUGGUUUGUUUGGUUCUGCCAUUGGAUGAAGCAACUAAUGCGAGGAGGCCCAACUAUGGGGAGUGA